CGUUGGAAAGUUGCAUUGCAUUUUGAUAUAAAAACCAACCGAUACCUUCGAAACCGUAUCACAACCACUUCAUUCGUCUAGCAAGAACAUAGCCAGUGAACUUACUGUCGCUAAAACCCCUAAUACCUAAAAUGGCAUUCAAAUUCGUACUCUUCGCCGCCAUCGUGGCCGUCGCUAGCGCCGUUGGCAUCCACCCACCCUCGUUGGGAGCUUACCAUGCUCCUCUGGGAGCGUACCACGCUCCUCUGGCAGGCUACCAUGCUCCGCUCGGUGCUUACCACGCACCGCUGGGAGCUUACCACGCUCCUCUGGGAGCUUACCCAGCUGUGGCCAAGGUCGCCGCUCCUCUGGCCUACCCAGCCGUCGCUAAGGUCGCUGCUCCAUAUGGUGACUACGAUGCCAACCCUCAGUACAGCUACAGCUACGCCGUGGCCGAUGCCGUUACCGGAGACAACAAGAGCCAGCAGGAAUCUCGCUCGGGAGAUGUUGUGACUGGAUCGUACUCGCUGGUUGAGCCCGAUGGCACCCGUCGUGUCGUUGAGUACAACGCCGACCCCGUCAACGGAUUCAACGCCGUCGUCCACCGUGAGCCGCUGGCCGUCAAGGCUGUGGCCCCGAUCGCCAAGUAUGCUGCCCCGCUGGCUUACCCCGCCGUCGCCAAGGUUGCUGCCCCGUACACUCCCUACGGAUACCCCGGAUACGGCAAGGCCAUCCUUGGUUAAGCUCAUCACUUAUCCCUAGACACGAAAUGGAUUCCUUUUCCCAGUACCUAGUGCCAAUUUUUCAUCUUGAAGUCAUAAGCGAGAACGUCACCUUUAAUUUAUUUCUCAUUCCUUCAUCCUGACAUUAUUCCUCUCUACGAUCUAUCGAAACAUUAGUGUACAUAUGAGCCAAGGCCUAUGCUGCCUGAAAAGAACUUAGGCGAAUUUUUGAUGAUAUAAAAAUAAUACUUCUACAAACAUAUACAUAUUUUGUUCAAUAAUUCAAUUACAUGUCGUUUUCAACGUUCGAAACAAAUAAUCCAAUCGAAUUGAUAACUCUUUGAAAACUAUAUAAAGCCUAUUUUUAACUCUAAUCAAUGUUGUGCGGUAAUCUGUAAUCCCUAAACAGUCAAAAAAAAUUUUUUUUAUCUUAAAUUUAAAAAAAAAUCUUCGCUUGCAAGUAGCCAAAGUAAUUUGUCUUUCAACAAGACAAUUAGAGAUAACAACUGCUUUUUUGUUUUGAUUACUAUACGAACGACCAGGCAGGAUAAUGAGUGAUACAGUUUCAAGCAAAACUUUCUGAAAAAUCGCUGCAUUUUUUAUAUGAAAUACAGAUGUCAACUUAAUUUUGAAUAGCCGAAAAUACAAAAAAUGAGAAAACAAUAAUUCCCAGUAAAACAUAGUUAAUAUAUAUAGGAUUAUAUAAGAGUAUAUAUAGAGUACAGUAACACGAAGAUCUGUACACAAGACCGAACGAGCUCAGAAGCUCAGCUUAGGUAGAAUAUCGGUUUGAGAGGUUAUAUUCCUCAAGUCGAUAUUUUAGAAGCUGUUUUUUUUUAAUUCAGUAAGUUAAAGACGUAUUAUUGUAACCGAAAUUUAUACAUAUACACACUAAUUUGAGAAAAAAAUCGUGUGUACUCACUUGACCAAUAUAUUAAAAAAUAGCUCUUAUUACAAUCUUAA